AGCGGACGGCAGGCCGGGGGUGCGCCCUCCGCGGGGGCACAGCCCGGCCGGUAAAGCGGCAGGCAGCGGCAGCGGGAGAGGGCCGAGGCAGGAUUAAACCCCAGAGCCAGAAAUGAGGAAGGUUUUGUGCGUGGAGCCUGUCAUUUUUAUCUACAUAUUUGCAUCUGCUCUGACAAGACCGCUGGCACAGCAGUUCAUCUACCGGCGGCUGUGGGAAGAAGAGUACAACUCCACUUUCAUAAGUAACAGCAAUGCCACUUACUGUGAGCAGAAUGAAAGUAGCCCGACUUACAUCAGGCAGAAGGAAGUUCAAGAAAAAACCUCUGUUUUUAGUAUGCAGUUGGACUUAACUGGAGCAGUUCCCAGCCUUAUAGUUGCCUUUGUCAUUGUAACUAAUGGAGAUCGACAAGGGCGCAAAAGGUCUCUUUUGUUACCAUCAGUGGGAGCCUUGAUUACUGAUAUUUGCCUCACUGUAAUAUCCUAUUUUUCUUUAUCACUCUCUGUCCUGUUUGCUGUUGCAUUUAUUACUGGAUUGUUUGGGAGUAUGGCAACCUUCCUUGGAGGAGGCUUUGCUUUUAUAGCAGAUCUGUGUCACGACGAGAAGCAGAAAACCACACGAAUAGCUGUGGUGGAUUUGAUUUUUGGAGUUGUAUAUGGAUUGGCAGGACUGUCAUCUGGCUACUUUCUAAGAGGAGUAGGCUUCACAUGGACAUUUAUCACAUCAUCUCUGCUUCAUGUCAUUAAUAUUAUAUAUAUUAUAUUUUUUCUGGGAGAUACAGUAGGUGUAUCUGAAUUCCAGCAUGAGGCACCAGCAUCCUUUAAAGAACUUCUUAGAGAGACAUUUUCUGGAGUGUACAUGCUUUUUAAAACUGCCCCUCAUAAAAAAAGGAUUUUAAUAAUUAUGUUACUUCUUACAUUUAUGACUUACCUCUUUACUGUGACUGGUGGGAGUUCACUUUUUACACUGUAUGAACUGGAUGAGCCACUCUGCUGGAACGAAGUGUACAUUGGAUACGGAGCUGCUGCAUCCACUUCAAUUUCUCUGACCAGUUUUUUAGGAGUUUGCUUAUUUUCUAAAUGUCUCAAAGACAUUUAUAUUGUCUUUAUCGGGAUAUUUUCUUACAUUGGAGGAAUGGUCAUGGCUGCCUUUGCCAAAACUACUCUGCUCAUGUUUUUAGUAAGAGUGCCAUCUUUGCUCUGCUUCAUGCCUGUUCCCGUUCUCCGAUCCAUGCUGUCAAAAGUGGUUCUAGCUGGUGAACAGGGUGCUGUGUUUGCUUGCAUUGCCUGUUUAGAAGUUGUGACCGGCACUAUUUCUCUUGCAGUUUUUAACAUUAUCUAUGCAGCUACUGUUGCAUGGUUUUCAGGCUUUAGCUUCCUCCUAUCAGCAGGCCUUUGUUUAAUUCCAUUGGCUGUCCUAUGCUGGCUCCUGUGCACAAGCUGGCACGGGGAGGACUUGGCUCUGCUUACACCUGAAGAAGUUUCCAGCAUAGACAGUGUUGAUAGUUGAACAAGGGAUUCACUCACCUGGGUUUUCUAAUCUGACAUGUAGUGGCAGAGACCAUUAUGUCACACAGAGACCACAGAGAUAACACAACAGUUGCAGAUGCAAUCUCAAAGCAGCCCUGCAGCAGUAAGCACUAAAUUGAUAGCACUCUUUAUUCAGUCUUUUUUUAGCACUUGAAUAAAGCUAGCUCUUAACUAUGCAAGUAGGCUGACAGUGGAGAUUUUAAUGCUGCUUUCAGCAUGAAGGAAAAAAACAUAUUAGGAUGAUACUCUCUGUUUACCCUUUCUCAAGUUUAAGAAUGUCAGCAGUGGAUUGUGACACAUCUUGUAUCAUUCUAAGCUUCUCAACUCAGAGUGUGCUGGCAGUACUGAUGAAGUCAGUGGAGCUCAUGCCAGCUGAGGAUGCAGCCCAUUGUGUACACCUUAAAAGGCCUGUCUUAAUGGUAAAGCCCCAAAAUCUGUCUAAAAUUGCCAAACAAAAUUGGGUUUCUUUUCAUAAAGCAACUGAACUGUAGGCAGUUCUUGCACCUGCUGUAAGCAGACUGACUGCUCUGCAGUUAGCAAGCUGUGCAAGUUUAAUAGAUGAUGUGUGGACCUUGCCUGUGACUUAGUUCUUAAAAUGGGUUUUCACAGGGAACUGUCAUGCUUUGAAAAUACCCAGCUUGCAGAGUGUAAAGUUAGGCCAAUGCCUACAUUUUGCAGAGGCCACACCUCACAUUUAUUUUUAUCAUUUCCCACGUUUUAGAGAUUGCAUACAGGCAAUUUUUUUGUCCCAAAGGUACUUCUUGUUUUCAGGUUAAGUUGGCUGUACUUAGCCUAAACAUUUCUUCCAGUUAAAGGCUGCAAUAGCAUUUCUUUUCAGUGCAUCUUUGAUUAUUUUUUUAACAACCCUGAAAGGAGGUGACUGAAUGUGAAUAAUGGAUCUAAACAUCUUUCGGUGAAUGAACACAAUGUACAAGCAACUUGAACAGCAUUUUUCAUCUUCAAAGCACUUUAUGAAUGCCAUUAAGAAUUUCCUUCUAUAAAGGAUAUUACCCUCCCUGUUGCAGAAAGGGAGAUAUUAACAGAGAGGACAAGUGACUUGCCCAAGGCCACAGUGCAAACUGCUGAGACUGCCAAACCAAAGAGUCAGUUUCUGCAUAAACUUUUUACCUUUUUGAUUGAGAUUCUUGAAGCAGAAUUUAUUCAGCAUACUAUCUUUUGGAAUGCAAGGCAAGAAGUGUGAAUUGUAACAUCAUGUUAAGGACAGCUCCCAGGUGUGUUUUUUUUUAGCUAAAGUUUGACAGUCCGUAUUGUUCUGGUCCCUGAAAUUGCAGGUAGGUUGUAUGUAACUGUCUCCCCCCCCAAAACAGAUAGGUAGAGAAACCAAAAUAAUGUGAAGUGGUUCACAUUUACAGAAGGAAAACUGUAGGAAAGCAGCUGUGUGCGAACUGACUUCCCAUGCACGUAGCAUAUGCUGUAUAAUCAAUGGUCUGCUUACAGCCAUUAAUGUCCAUCCUAUGAACAGAAUAGUUCUGCAGAGCUUCUGUGUUUCUCCAACAAAAAUAUUAGUACUGUGUCAUGAUGAUACCAUUGUAGAUCUCCUUUUUGUUCGAAUGGCAACAUUGUUUCCAGGCUAUGUGGUCAGAAGCAGUUUGGAAGAGGAUUGAAAUGCAAGUGAGAGUUUCCACUGUCUGAGGUGACCACACUGCACUGGUGGAAGUGAUGCUAUUUAUCCAGGACAGAGGAAUGAGUAAUUUCACAGUUAACACUUGUAGCCAGCUCUUACCCCUCUUAACACUUCCUGAACUAAGGGUAAUGUUGGCAAUGAAAGACUGUUAGCUUUUCUUAGAUAGUUUAGACACUAGCCAGUGAACAAAACUGCUUAGUUCCUCCCUUGAGCUGCCUGUCACUGCCAGCUUGUUGGAGAGCCAAGUUUUACAAGAAUCAGUGGGUCCAAAACAUAAUGGGUACUUAGAGGAGAGAUUAAGAAAACACUGAUGUAAAGGAUUUCUGCACAAAGACUACAUUUUCUUUCUUGACUUUUCAUUACGCAGUUAUGCAAGGCUUUAUGAAAUUAACCAUUUCACCCAAAACUGCCUGGAAAAAGCAAAGUGAAUGAAGAAGGGGUAUGUGCCUUCACUUCCCCUUCAAUGCACACUUCAGCUAGCACUCGGAAGACAGCAUCAAAGCAAGCCAGUUAUGCAGUGGUAUUGUGUCAGUCCAAAAUAGAACAAGCACAUACACUUCAGGAAUGGCUUUGCUCUGGUUUGGUAUUGCUGUACUUAGUGUUUGGAAAGUCUAAAUACUGUCUAGAAGAAAUACUAAGUUUAGGUCAGAACACAUGAAGGAUAGACUGUUUUUAAAGUGCCUAGCAUGGUGCAUGCUGAGGAGGAAACCAGGCACUAGUGUGCUUCAGGUUAUUAAAUCAAAGUCUUCCAAGUUUGUAACAGUGGCUAUAUAUGUAUAUAAAUGCAAAUUAUUUUGACAGAAACUAAUAAAUAAGUUUGUUUUGUUAAAA